GGAAUGAAAUGACAGUCACCUGGACAAGCGGCUACGAUAUUACAGAAGCAGUUCCUUUUGUUGAGUGGGGUGAGAAAGGAGGUCGACGACUUCUUGCUCCAGCUGGAACAUUAACAUUUGACCGAAAUAGCAUGUGUGGCUCACCGGCACGAACUGUUGGUUGGCGCCAUCCUGGUUACAUCCAUACUAGCUUCCUGAAGGAUCUGUGGCCAGACUCGCCGUAUACUUACAGGCUUGGCCAUAGGCUGAUGAAUGGGACCCGCGUCUGGAGCAAGUCAUACAGCUUCAAAGCGUCGCCUUACCCUGGGCAAGAUUCUUUGCAGCGAGUUGUCGUAUUUGGGGACAUGGGAAAGGCAGAGGCUGAUGGUUCGAACGAGUUCAGCGACUUCCAGCCCGGUUCGUUGAAUACUACUUACCAGAUCAUCAGGGACCUCGAAGACAUCGACAUGGUGGUCCACAUUGGGGACAUCUGCUACGCGGAUGGCUACUUGUCUCAGUGGGAUCAGUUCACUGCACAGAUCGAACCGAUUGCUUCAAGGGUGCCAUACAUGAUUGGCCUCGGUAACCAUGAGAGGGAUUGGCCUGGCACUGGUUCAUUCUACGGGAACCUUGACUCCGGUGGAGAGUGCGGCGUCCCUGCCCAAACUGUGUUCUACACUCCAGCUGAGAACCGUGCAAAAUUCUGGUACGCGACGGACUACGGCAUGUUCAGGUUCUGCAUCGCAAACACGGAAGAGGACUGGAGGCCGGGGACCGAGCAGUACAAGUUCAUCGAGCAAUGCCUGUCGUCGGUCGACAGGCAGAAGCAGCCGUGGCUCAUCUUCCUCGCGCACCGCGUUCUCGGCUACUCCUCCUGCACCUACUACGAAUCGGAGGGCACGUUCGAGGAGCCCAUGGGGCGGGAAGCGCUGCAGGAGCUCUGGCAGAAGUACAAGGUGGACAUCGCCUUCUAUGGCCACGUCCACAGCUACGAAAGGACAUGCCCGGUCUACCAGUCUCAGUGCGUCGUCGAUGGAUCCGACCACUACAGCGGCCCGUUCCAGGCGACGACGCACGUCGUUGUCGGCGGCGCAGGAGCCAGCAUUCUCGAUUCUGAGUUCACCACCUCGAAGAUCCAGUGGAGCCACUUCACCGACUUCGACCACGGGUUCGUCAAGCUCACGGCCCUCAACCAUUCCUCCCUGCUGUUCGAGUACAAGAAGAGCCGCGACGGCAACGUGUAUGACCAUUUCACAAUCUCACGCGACUACCGGGACAUCCUCGCUUGCUCCAUCGACAACUGCCCCCGGAGCACACUGGCUUCCUGAAGUCCCACAGUAGUUGCAGACCAGAAAUUUUAGUUCGUAGCUUUUCUGUACUGCACCGACCAAUAAAUGAGGCCUUUUCUUUUUUAAUAAUAUAUAAUUAUAUGCAUGCACUAUUUUCUUGUACCUAUAGUC